AAGUUCAAAUUAUAAUCAAAAUACCGACUGAUAGUUCAAGUUACGUCAGUAUAAUAAAAGACUUAAAGCGAUAAAGAGAGUCCAUACAUACCUGAUAAUUUUAUUACUUUCAAUACAAGUAUAAACAAUUUUCUUGCCGCAAAUUUGGUCACUGUUAUCAGGCGACUAACGAGACUUUCAUUGCCGUUUUUAAAGCGCUCUUUCCACGUAUCACCAAAAUCAAAUCAAGCAAUGGGGAUCGACGGGAACAAUAUUCUCGCUGAAAGCUUGAAGCGACAAGGCAUUGAAUAUGUUUUUGGGAUUGUUGGUAUUCCUGUAAUAGAGACUUCACUAGCUUUUCAAGCUGCAGGUCUCAAGUACAUUGGGAUGCGAAAUGAACAGGCAGCCUGUUAUGCUGCUCAAGCUAUUGGCUAUUUAACAGGUAAACCAGGAGUAUGUCUGGUUGUAUCUGGCCCUGGUCUCUUACAUUGUAUUGGAGGUAUGGCCAAUGCUCAAGUUAACUGUUGGCCGCUGUUAGUCAUAGCCGGAUCUUGCCCAGAAGACCACGAAGGCAUUGGCGGUUUCCAGGAAUGGCUGCAGGUGGAGUCAUCUCGUCAGUAUAGUAAAUAUGCAGCCCGACCACCUUCCCCACGACUUAUUCCACUACAUGUAGAAAAAGCAAUCAGAUAUGCCAGCUCCGGACGUCCAGGUGUCGCGUAUCUUGAUAUGCCUGCUACCUUAUUGACGGCUGAAGCUGAUGAAGAUAAGGUUCCUUUAGACUACUACUCAGCGGAUCCAGUUAGUUUGGCUCACCCAAAUCCAGUACUGGUAAAUGAAGCAGCUGACCUAUUGUCCAAGGCUGAAAGACCCCUCAUCAUAGUUGGCAAAGGAGCUGCAUAUGGAAAAGCAGAAGAGGCUAUCACCAAGCUUGUGGAGAAUAUUAAAGUACCAUUCCUACCAACUCCUAUGGGCAAAGGAGUGGUCCCAGACGAGUCUCAAUACUGUGUGUCAACCGCUCGCACUCAGGCGCUACUUGGGGCUGACGUCAUACUGCUGUUGGGGGCAAGAAUGAAUUGGAUGAUGCAUUUCGGACAGGUCCCGAGAUAUGCAGCCAAUGUUAAGAUUAUUCAAGUGGAUAUAGCUCCCGAAGAGUUCCACAACAGUGUCAAAUCAGAAGUGGCCGUCCAUUCAGAUAUCAAACCGUUUGUGGAAGCGCUCACAAAUAAACUAGCGGAGAAAAAGUUUUCAUUACAAAAUAAUAGUCCCUGGUGGCAAGCAUUGAAGGAAAAACAAAAGAAAAACACAGAAUUUGUUAAGGCACAAGCAGCCGAUAAAUCCCUGCCACUGAAUUACUAUGCAGUUUUUAAAGCUGUUCAAGAAAAUAUCCCAAAGGAUUCAAUAAUAGUGAGUGAAGGCGCUAACACUAUGGACAUCGGCCGCGGGAUAUUACUCAAUAACAAACCGAGGCAUCGUCUGGACGCGGGAACAUUUGGCACUAUGGGGGUCGGUCCCGGGUUCGCCGUAGCUGCGGCGCAGUGGUGCCGUGACCACGCUCCAGAUAAACGAGUGAUUUGUGUUGAAGGAGAUUCUGCGUUUGGUUUUUCAGGUAUGGAAAUUGAGACAAUGUUCCGCUACAAGUUGCCAGUGAUUAUUGUGAUUGUGAACAACAACGGCAUUUACAGCGGCUUCGACAAAGAAAUGAUGACGGAGAUACAAAACUCCGGCGAUCUUGCCCAGUGUACUCCACCCACAGCACUGUCAACGGAAGUGAGAUAUGAAAAAAUGAUGGAAAUGUUUGGAUCAAGCGGCCAUUUCUGUCGUACAGUUGAAGAAAUCGAAAAUGCCUUGAAAUCAGCUAUUAAAGUAACCGACAGACCCAGUAUUAUAAAUAUUGCCAUUAACCCACAAUCCAACAGAAAACCUCAAACAUUCAACUGGCUGACUGAAUCAAAACUAUAACAUGUAAAUAUUUAAAAAAAAAAAGCAAUAUACAGACUCUUUUGAGUCACAAAAUUGAUGUAUUUAUAUUUUUUAUGGUGUUGUUAAUAUUUAAAAGAAUUUAUUUUUGGGUAUAAAGUGUUUAUAUAUUGUGAAGCCAAAAAUAGUUAAUAAUUUUGGAAGAAUUGUUAAGUCUAUUUUCUUAUACAUACGUUAAAAUGUUAUUGUUAAUUAAGACUGUAUCCAUUUUUUUUGUAUAGACUUAAGACUAUAUCCAUUUCUUUUUUUUUUUUGUAUUUAUUACUGGGCUGUGGGAAUAAAACACAUGGUGAGGUUUAAUUCAUAUAUUGUCUGUCUAUUGAGUCACAUCACAUCACAUGUUUGUAUAAAUUGAACUUAAAAUAUAUAUUAAAUACAUUUUAUAUUUAUAAACUAAA